AUGGCCUCCACCCUGCCGAAACUCCCCAUAUUUGAGGCCAUCGCAAGUCACGACCCCCAUUCAACAGCUGUCAUCCACUCAUUGUCUGGGAGGAGGUUUCAAUACGGCGAGCUCUUGGGAGAUGUUCGCAGAACACGCGAUGAACUACAGGCCGCAGCAGGGAAGCCGGUGCUGGAUGGCGAGCGCAUUGCUUUCCUUGUAGAGAAUAGCUAUGACUACGUAGUGACCCUGCUCGCCGCUCUCGCCACUCGAUCGAUAGCCGUACCUCUCUCGCCAGCUUUCCCUGCGGCCGAGCUCCAGUAUAUCCUCAACCAGAGCGAGGCCUCGCUACUGGUAUCAUCGCCCAAAUUUUUUGCCAAAGCGCGCGAUGUGCUCGCCACCGAACUGGCAUCAAAACCAGCGCAACUCGAACUGCAAAAGCACAUGGGAGGCGCCGCCCAUGAGGCAGUCCAGCUCGAAGGCUCCGACCCCGGCGAUGCUGGCAUGAUGCUAUAUACUUCUGGCACAACAAAUAGACCAUCUGUCCUGACAGCGCAAUCGAAGUCUCUUAUCGAGGCCUGGGAGUACACCCCCCUGGAUCACCUGCUUCACGUCCUCCCUCUCCACCACAUCCACGGCACCAUCAACGCUCUCCUGACGCCCCUCUUUGCCGGCAGCACCAUCGAGUUCCUCUUCCCCUUCAACCCUGAUGCUGUCUGGAACCGGCUCGCCGCGCCCUUCACAAAUGCUUCCACGUCCCCCGCGAAGGAAAAGGUUACUUUCUUCACUGUUGUGCCCACCGUCUACUCCCGCCUCCUUUCCUCCCACAAGUCUCUCCCCGAAGCUUUCGUCGAGCCCACCCGCGAAGCCGUCUCCCCACAGAACAUGCGCCUUGCCAUAUCCGGCUCCGCCGCCCUGCCGACCCCGGUCAAGGAGGCCUGGCGCCGCCUUUUCGCGCGGCAAACGUCUUACUCGAGCGCCCGCCUCGUAGACACCGACACGGGCGCCGUGAUUCCGAGGGGCGACCGCGUCGAUGCUGAGGGCGCGAACGCGCCGGCGAAAUCCCAGCUGCGCGGACCGACCAUUUUCAAGGAAUAUUGGCGCAACCCUACCCGCCACCCGCCAAAGGAGUUCGCCACUGACCCCGACGGGCGCGGGCCCUGGUUCAAGACGGGCGAUGUCGCCGUGCGACGGGCCGUCGAGGGCGCCGGCGGCGGCGCUGCGGACCAGCCCUGGGCAAAAGGGGACAUGUACUUUAUUCAGGGCCGUCAGAGUGCCGACAUCAUCAAGACGGGCGGCGAGAAGGUUAGCGCCCUCGAAGUCGAGCGUGAGCUGCUGACGCUGGACGUGGUUGCGGAGGCGGCUGUGGUCGCCGUCCCUUCUGGCAAGUGGGGGCAAAAAGUCGGCGCUGUCGUCAUCCUUGACAACGAGGCGCUGCCUGAGGGCAAGACGUGGUCGCCUAUGGACAUGAGACGGGCGUUGCGGGGACGACUGGCGAACUACAAGAUCCCGCAGGUCCUGAAGGUUGUGGACCACAUUCCCAGAAAUGCCAUGGGAAAAAUCAACAAGAAGGAACUGGUUAAGGAGGUAUUUGCAGACCAGUUCAGCGACGAUGAGGUGUAA